AUGGUAAUAAAAGCAAUCCAUCUUUUUCUAUAUCAACUAAUAGUUAUAACGAUUAUAAAUUUUAGAAAAAGAGAGAAAACUAUUUGUAAGCCAUAUUGGUAUUAUGUAUGUUUAUUGAUUGUAGUAUUAUUUUGUAAAGAAGGAAUAUUUAUUCAAUCAUACCGACUAAAAAAUGGUUUAGUUCAUAACAGUGAGUUUGUCAAUAUCACUAGCUGUGGUAGAAGAAAGGGGGAAAUGCUAUAUUUUAAAUAUAAUGGUAAUAAAUUAUUUGAAUAUAAAAAAAGAAGAGGACUUAAUAAACAUCCUGCAGCUAAGGGGAGCAUGAAGAAUGAUGUUAAAGCUAUUGAGGGGAACAUCGAAAAAUGGGAAAUAAAUAAAAAGAGACAACAUAGAAUUAAUAGCUACUUCAAUUCAUUAUGCUCUAGUAAUGUGUUAAAUAAAAACGUGGAUAGAAAUGUAAAUUUUGACGAUGGGGAAGUAAACUUCUUCGUUUUGAAUUCAAAUCCGAGCAUAAGCUUCCUAACAAGUAAUAUUAUUCGAGAGAAAAAAACUUAUAAUGAGAAAAAAAAAAAAAAGCAAAAAGAUGUGGAAAAAAUGGGAAGGAUGGACAAAAUAGGAAAAGCAGAAACGGAGGAUAAUUCCAGUGCAAAUGUGGAACGCAUAACUGAAGGGGAGAAGGUACAGUACAGAAACACAGAACAAAUCAACGAUUUGGAAAAGAAGAAAGUUCGACUAAAGCUUAAAAGAGGAUUCCUUAACGAGGUAUAUGAAAGAGAAAAAAAAAAAUUAAAUUAUAUUUUAUUUUCACUAAAGGAUAAGAAUAUAUUUAAAAAGAAAGACAUAGAAAUUAAGGAGAAUAUGUUGUUACUAAAUGGACAAACUAUAAAAACGGAGGAGGUGAAGCAGUACUUAUUCUAUAAAUCAUUACUAGAAUACUAUGAAAAUAUAAGAGAUCAAAAGAAGAUAUUAACUCUAGACUUAUGGUCAAAGGAAAUUAAUGUAUCUGUAGAAAAUUUAAAAAAAUUAAUUGUAUAUAUUUAUAAAAUGAAAAAUUUAGUGCAAAAAGAAGAUGAGGAUUUGUUAGUAAGAAGAUAUUUUUAUAAUAAAACGAAUAUGUACACACUAUUUAGGGAUAAUUACAAAGAUGGUAAUGCUAUAACUUUUGACUUCACUAUUCCGGGAGAGGAGAAGGAAAAGGAGAAAAUCAUUAAUCAAAUGGAUGUACAGCAAAAAGACAAAAUGGAGGUUACAAAAACUAAAGAAAAAAAGAAGAAAUUUGCAAAGGGGAAAGCUAAACGACUCAUAGGAGAAGAUGCAAGGAAUGAAGAGGAGAAUGGAAAGGAGGAGAGUGGGAAUGAAGAGAAUGAGCCGAAUGAGCAGUGUGAACAGAUUGCGUACAGUAAACACAAUGAACCGAAAGAACAGAAUAAAACUGAUAUGGAAGGGGGUAAAGGCAGAGUGACUAGUGUAGAGAAGAACGAGAGUAACAAAUACGAUAUUUUUUCUGACCAAAUUGGUAAGAACGAAAUAGUAUUAUAUAAAGACUGUGAAAAUUUAAUAAACAAAGAAGUCCAGCAAUUUUUGGAAUGCAUAAAGGACAUUGUAUUUUUUGAAAAUUCUAUUUAUAUACUUGAAAAAUUAGAAAACAGACCACCAUUAUAUGAAGAAUUGAUCUAUGCAUACAAUUAUGAUAAGGAAAAGAUGGUAAAAAAUUUAGAGAACAAAAUAAGAUUAUCACAGAAAUUAGUAUUUUAUUUUAUACCAUUGAUAAGUAAUAUUAUAAGAAAAGCAGAAGUAAAUUUCAGCAGUAAUUUAAGUGAAGAUGAUUUUUUACUAGUAAGUUUAGAGGCUGUAAAAAAUGGGUUCAAAAAAUAUGAUAUCGAAAAAUUAGGAAUAAAAAAUUUAACAAAAUAUGUUUAUAUGUGGGCAAAAAAUAGUACAUAUAAUUACUAUCAAAAACAUAAGUCAUUUAUUUCUAUUUCACCUCAUACAUAUAAAGAUUACAAUAAAAUUAAAAAAUUCGAAGACCAAUUUUUAGAAAGAAAUGAAAGAAAACCUAAUAUAAAAGAAAUUAGUGAUGGUCUGAAAUUCACAGUAGAGCGAGUAGAAAAAGCAUUAUGUUCAGUUGUUAAUAUAAUUGAUUCCGAAAAACCAAUAACAUACCAAAACAGCAAUUCCGCAUAUCCAGAAAAAAAUACAUAUAAAGAUUUAAUAAUAAAUUCGGAUGAUAUAAACAGCUUCAAUGAUAUCAUGUACAACGAUAUUGUAAUAAAAGGGUUAAGAAAAUUUAUUUGCAAAUCAUUGAAAAAAAAAAUUAAUAAAUUAAUUAUUUUUAUGAAAUUUGGACUUUUUUUAAAAAAAAAAAGUUAUACAGAUGAGGAAAUUUGUGAAAUACUUAAAAUCACAACGAAGAAAUUCCAAAAGCAUUUUCAAGACUCCUUAAAUGAAAUAAAAAAUUAUAUUGGAAAGAUAAAAAAAAAUAAAGGAGCUCUAGAUUCCACUUUCGAUCUCAUUUCUUAUAUUAACCUUUCUCAAUGCGAAUUCUUAGGAAAUGAUUUCUCACAGAUACUUGUAUAG